AUGCUCACCCCAGACCUAGCAUUAGGGCCAUCCUCAACGAGCCUCAUCCCAUAUUCUCCCCACAAAACACCCCCUGUCCCGCCAACACAACCGCACUCAACCGAGCUCUUCGCUUCGGUCCCUCCUCGCCGAGGAUUUACCCCAGAGCUACCAGACACGGGCUUCCAUCGUCUGCGUGCUGAGCUAGCAUCUCACUCCCAGAGCGAGCUGAUCAACGUACCCAUAGAGCAACGACAGCGACAGCAGAAUCAUUCCCAGUCGAUAAAUAGUCUGCGGGCUUGGGAAUCUCCCGCCUUGGCGCCUAUAGCCAGUUCACAUGCAGGCUCAGCAAGAAACGGCAGCAGCCACAGCCAUAGCAAUAGCAACGGCGGUAGUCCGGGGAGAAACCAAACUGGACGACUCAUCACUGCCGAGGGAGUUGUCCUAGGUGCGAAUCUAGAUCGAUACUCCAAUAGCAUGGAAACUGGAGAGUCUCAGGCCCAGAAUGAAAGGGGAAGGACGGCCGAGCGCGGUAGGACAGAUCAUGUUAUGAGUUUCAUGCAGUAUGCCGGGAGGCCGGAGGACCGGGGCUUAGGGAAUGGGCUUGGAAUCGCAAUAAGUGAUUAUACUUCCAGUCCUCAGGCACGCCGGAGAAGUGCGUCCGGGUCGCGGCCCAAGCCUGUGGAGCGCAGCUUGGAAGAUGACAUUGCGGCUGCGGAGAGUAAUGUUGACGUCCCGCCUGCUUAUGAGGUGAAAGAGGGCGCUCCUGGACCCGACCUCAAGUCUCCGUCUGGAAGGAUGUGUAUGAGCCCGAGAUCAGGGACUUGA